AUGGACAUCAACAUGGAUGAACCCAAGAAAAGUGUCCAAAUACUGGCUAAAGAUGUCAAGGAACCGGAAGUCCUGGAGACAUCUCCAAAAAGUGAGCUGACAAAGUCACUUAUUUGGAUUUCUUUUGCAUCCAGCAUGCUAAGCGUGCACCAUGGUUACUUUAUCUGGAUAGUUUAUUCACCUAGUGUGCUCUUGAGAGAAUAUUAUAAUUCCACCUCUUAUCAAGUGAUAACUGAACGACAGCAUAGACUACUUGAAUUGGCAAUCAAUAUUUCUAUAGUCCCACUUGGAGCUAUCUUUGCCUCAGUGAUAGCUGGGUUUUUGGCUGAUAUUCUUGGCAGGAAAGGCGUUUUGGUGAUAGCUAAUCUUUCAGCAAUAACUUGUGCAGUCUUGAUGAGUGGUAAACAUUUGGUAAAUAGCGUCGAAUUCACCUUUUUAACUCACUUGUUCACUGGACUAUCUGCAGGUUUAGUUUUAUGCAUUGUUCCCUUAUAUUUGGGUGAAAUAGCCCCAAGGAACCGCCGAGGAGGCGUUGUUUUCAUACACCAGUUCUGUUUAAAUGUCGGCAUCAUGAUCUCUCAGAUAUUGACAAUAAAGGAAUUUAUAGGAAACAUAAAAGGAUGGACUACAGCGAUGGGUGUGGCAGGAAUUCUACCCUUGAUUCAAAUGUUUCUAAUACCCUGCAUACCUGAAACUCCAAGGUACUUAAUGAUUCAUAAGAAAAAUGAGCGUCAAGCAAGAAAAGUCCUGAAGAUGCUGAGAGAGAGAGAUGAUGUGGAAGACGAAAUUGAAGAGCUGAAUAUCGAGGACCUCGCUGAGGGUAAUAACAAAAACAUGACCCCACUGAAAUUAAUCAGGACACCAAGUAUGCGGUUGCAAAUCAUCACUGUAGCUGUCGUCACGGCUGGUUCUCAGCUCAAUGGCAUAACUGUGGCCUACUUUUCUACAGAACGGAUUUUCUUGAUGAUGCCUAUCGAUGCCAGCCACCUGAAGUACUUAAAUAAUGCAGCAAUCCUUAUUAUGACCUGUUCUGUUCUGUUAGGGAUGUACCUGGUUGAUUCUGUGGGACGGCGUCCCCUUUAUCUUUGGACUUUUGCAGUUUGCAUCAUCACCUUCAUUUUGUUAUUAGUGUCACUUCGACUUCAGGUUUGUAAUUUGGAACACCAAGCAUGGGGAGAAGUUUCUGUUACCUCCCCUGGCCUAGAUAAAGAAAGCCGAUUCCUCCAGCCCGUCAUUGAAAUGCCUCUCACUUUCCUCCAACAGAAAAUUUUUAAAGAGUUGUCAUAUUUCACCUCCUUUAUACUCGUCCUAUUCAUUUGUGCACAUGACAUGGGACCUGCACCCCUUCCACAUAUCGUUACACUGGAGCUGUUCUCGCAGUCGUCAAGAGCUUCGGCCUUUGUGAUUUUGGGGGCUGUGCUUUGGAGCAUAAGCUUCCUCACGGGAAUAUCAUUCUUCUACCUAGAGAAGGCACUUGACAUCUACAGCUGUGCCUUCUUCUGGCCCUUCUGUAUAGGAACCCUUGUAUACAUCUACAAAAUGGUUCCGGAGACCAUGGGGCAAUCUUUUCCGGAUAUCAAGAAAUCCAUGUCAUUCAAGACAACCAAGAGGUUCCAUUCUAGAGAGUCAAGGAGAAGAAUGAACCUCAAAAGACAUGUCUGA